CCAGGCGCCCAGGCGGCCGGCGCUGCUGCCUGGAUGCCGCCGUGCCCUCCCUGACGGACGCGUUCCACCGGCAGCGGGCUCGCCACGUCAGACCCACCGCCGGAGCAGCAGCCACGGGUGCACGGCUGACCUGCCGGGCCGGGCGCAGCCGGCGCGAGGGAGGAGGACGCGUUCAGCCAGAGCAAGCCACGGCCCCGCAACCCCCGGGGGCACACCCACAAGUCUUCAACCAGAACCACGCGCUGCUCGAACCGUAGAGACAGCAUCGCGCAGAACCACAUGAAGAACUUAUAAAUUUCCACACGCGCUACGAGUCUGCAAAGCCCCCUUCGAUCGGAGUCAGUCUCGUCUCUGUACGAAGAUAUUAUUGAGCUCGGCCGCAAGGUUCUUCUUCCACCUUUCUCCUGUCGUGUCUCUAUCUCCUCUCCUGCGAGCGGCAGCGUCCGUACAGAGCGAGCGAGCGAUCAUGGAGGUGGAGGUGGAGGCGGCAGCGGUCUCCUUCGCCAGCACAUCGUUCUCUCCCAGCACGCCGUCCACGCGCCACGACACGCCGGCGGCGCCGAUCGGCGGCGCGGGAGGCAGAGCCAGGAGCGUCUCCCGCCUGCCGGCGCGCGUCGCCGGGGCGGUGGCCCGGGGCAUCGUCACCUUCGUCUUCGCGGCAGUGGGCAUGGUUCUCGGGGCCGUGACCGGCGCGCUGAUCGGGCUGGCCACGGAGAGCGGCCUGGUGCGCGGCGCCGGCAUCGGGGCCAUCUCCGGCGCCGUCGUGUCCAUGGAGGUCGUCGACUCCUCCGUCGCCAUCUGGCGCUCCCACGACUCGGGGAUCUGGAGCGUCCUCUACGUGCUCGACGUGAUCUGGAGCCUCCUGACCGGGCGCCUGGUGCGCGAGAAGGUUGACCCCGCCGUGCAGAGCGCCGUCGACAGCCAGAUGAACGCGGUGGACUCGCCGUUCGGCGAGAUGGCGCCGACAUUGGCGGACAUGUUCGAGACGGGCGCCGCCGCCGCCGCGAAGGGCAUGCCGGCCGCCGCCAUCGAGGCGCUCCCGUCCGUGACCUUCACCGAGCGCACCCCCCUGGACGCCGCCACCGGCGACCGGACCGGCUGCUCCGUCUGCCUCCAGGACUUCGAGGCCGGCGAGACGGCGCGGAGCCUGCCGGAGUGCGGGCACACGUUCCACCUGCCGUGCAUCGACGCCUGGCUGCUCCGGCACGCGUCGUGCCCGCUGUGCCGCCGCGCGGUCGAGGCCGUGGCCGCGCGAGCAGAGCACGCAGCAGGGCACGCAGUGUACAUUGGCUAGCUGAUUAGCUCCAUCGGGAUGGCAUCUAGUAGACGCUUGCAUUCUUUCGUGCCUUCGAGUACUCAUCAUUUCUUCGUCGCUUUGAGGACGUAUGUACAGUGUACAGAUACAGAUACUUCAGCUCCAUGUGGGCUGUGGCUGGUACAUGUGUACGGUAUAUAUACACGCCCUGUUUGUAAAUAUGUAUAGAGGUGAGUGUAGUAGAGGAUUCUUGUAGAAUCGAGUUUUCUCACUGUUUUUUCUCUAGUAAAAUUAUUUUUCACUGUUCA